AUAAAUGGAUUAGCAGAUAUUGACACACCACCUAGUCAUGCAAUAUUUACAUCUCCACCUAAAACAUCUUCACAAAUACUUUCACAAAUGCAUUUACAAAUGCCUUCACAAAUGCCUUCGCAAAUGCUUUUUUCACAAAUAAGCUCACAAAUACCUUCACAAAUGCCUUUGCAAAUACCCUUACAAAUUCCUUCACAAAUACCUUUACAACUACCUUCACAAAUGCUAUCUAAUUUUUUAAAUUAUUUAUUAUAA